AUGUCUUCUGAUGAUGUGCCACCAUUCUCCCAGCAUAAACCCUCAUCAACAAGCUUUGCAGAUGUCUUCAAAACUCUAGGCGUCGGUCGACCAAAAUCGCAUUCUCCAAUCUCCCUACAAGAAAGCAGCAGCGAUUCGCUGUCGCAUACAGAUAGUCGUGGAACAAAUCGCUUUGUAUACGGACUCGAAUCAAUGCAUCGUGGCAGUGUCGUGCCGAGUUCCUCGGACACUCCAAGUGCCCCGGAUUUCGAGACAUCCCUCCACAACUUAUCGCAAAGGCUAAAUUUGACUCAGGCGAUCGAGGAAGCAGAGCUUCUAUCAAAGACCCUCUCAUGGUUCAACUCCGAGCAGUCUCUGGUGCUGUGGGAGGCGGCUGAGUAUCUCUUGCAUCAUGAAAGUUCCCUGGAUGCCCAAAAAAGUGGUGCUAGGCUAUUAGAAGCAAUCGCAGCCCGCCAAGAUCUAUCCCCAUCAGCUAGACGUGUGGUAUUUCAAUCAAUCGCUUCUCCAACUGAACCAGAUGCGAUUGCAGCACGCGUGCAGUCCUUGAUCUCCCUCUCGGACCAUGGUAGGAAAUUGGAUUUCGCGGGCUCGUCGCUUCUUCAUAUAAUUUCUUCAUGGAUUGUUCCUUUCUAUGAAACAAUCGCCUCUGCACGGUCGAAGACGAAGAAAGGAAAGACUAUCAAACCACAGGGGCCCAGCCAUGAUGAAGCGGUGUUAGGAGAUCUAUUCCAAUUCGCAGUCGACCUGAUCACCCUGCAGCGAAAGCAGCCAACGCAAGACGAAAUCGAAUUGCUCCUCACAGAAACUUUCAGCACCUGCAGAAGAACUAGUGUCGCAGCUGACAUCAAAAACUCCUUAGCUGUGUUCGACGCUGUCAUCAUGUAUGCUGAUGUGCCUGACCCCAGCUUCCUCCCUCUGUUGGAAGUUCUUUGCAGCAUUCAUGCAUCAGUAAAAUCUCUUUCUGGGCCUACAUCUCGAGCAGUACGCAGUCUGGCUAAAUCGCGAAGACAGGCGGAAAUGGUAAACUGCCUCCAUGGCUUUUUGAGAGAGUCGCGCGCCGUUGAACACAGCCAAAACCUAAAUGUUCUUCGUGGAACACUUUACGUGUUCUCCGAUUUCAUUCGUGCAUAUGGUCAGGAAGGCAUGCCGCAACUUCCCUUUGACCAACUUUUGGAAUCAUUGCAGGUCAUCGCUCGAAAAGACGAAAGCAGGGUGGAUGCGGAUCUGUUGGACCUAUGUCUAAAUAUCCUAGAAGGCGACUAUCUUCAUACCGCAUUACAACAGGAUUGGGCGGCGUUCGCCAAUCUUCUCAUAACUUGCUCUCGGAGGCUUGUGGACGAAUCAGCCCCAUCCCCUACUUCCUUGAGCAGUUCUCAGCUCAAGCCUACUCAUGACGAAAUCAAAUCAUAUAUUCUGACAAACCUGAUUCGUAUCGCAUCCGUGCUUGAAUCGCAAUGGGAACAACUCAAUCGAGAGCAAAAGCAACAUGCAGUCCGGUUCUUGAUGAAGAUUUACCAGCACAUCGAGCCUUCGCAAGCUGAACUUAUCAUUCACUUGAUGAGAGAAGACAGACUCUGCCACCCUUCUGAAACUCCGGAUUGGGCUCAGCAUUGCCGCGAGCUCCUCGAGUGUUUCGUUCAGGCUCGGAAACAGAGCUCGGACAUCCGCAUCCUGGCAUUGGAUACAUUGAAAGAAGCUCUUUCCGGGCACGAAGCCUUUCUCUUCUCCCAGGAGCAUGGCUUUCUCGGACUUCUUCUCAAAGAUUUCUCGGCAGAACACGAUCUGCUUUUCUUGGAGUCACUCGUCUCUUUAUUGACUGAGCCAGCGAUACAAUGCAGUGAUGAUGACACUUUCAAGUUGCUGAUCAGCACUAUUGGAGCACCGAUGCAGACGGACCUGAAUAGAGACGAACCACGCGAAAAUCCCCCAAGCCAUGGAUCUCAACGUCGCACAUCGACCACAAGUGUCUUGGAGUUGAGCCUGACAAAUGUCUGCGCUGUGGGCCUUGUGAAGAUGAUGCUUCGUGCUUUGAACUUCUCUUCGAGUAAAGCUGUGAUGGCCUUUGAAGCACUUUUGAAUAUUGCUCAAUCUCCAAGCAGGCCAACAGACUCUCGACUGACAGUCUUGAAACUACUUUUCCGACUUCGGUGUGACUCGGCCGGAUCAGUCAUAGUUAUCUCAACAUCGGAGAGUGACUUCUUGAUGAACGUGCUUGGCCGUAAUCUCGAUGGUGGCUCUAAGCUACAGGCUCUCGGCGAGAGUACAGCCCGUGAAAUUCCUCUGCGGGAUAACUCGCCAGUCUCACCAACUGGCAAACUUCCAAUGAGAGAAUCGGCAUCGACACAAAUGUCGAAGUCGGCGCCAGGACGUGGCUCUAUAUCUGCCCGUGGAUCAAAGCUGACAGCUCCAGUGUGGACAUAUGCUCUACCACAAGUGCUUCCCGAGCAACCACCAGGAGAGUCUAGUCCGGUCGUGUUUGCUUAUGGUCAUUCUGAGGAACCUGUUGAUGCUGAAUCAACCGCCACAGAUACAAGACCCACGGGGCUUUUGAAGGUCAAGAUGUGGCUUGAAGUUGUGAUCACACUGCUCCAGCGAGAAGCCGACUGGGAUGUUUACAGUUAUAUCCUAACUCAUCUCGGACCACAGCUUGGAAAUAAAGACUUCUUCAGAGACGCCAUCCCUCAGAUCAAGCUUCUCCGCAGCAUUCUGUGUGAUCAAGUAAAGAAUGGAACUUUCCAUGAGCCUCCGGAGACAACGGGGUUGAAAAAGAGCGAUGUGGCUGCCUGCAUUUUUGACGCACUAUGCAUGCUUGUCAGCUAUCAUGAGCACUUUGCGAAAAGUGAAGAGGAUGACCUUGUCCGCGCUUUCAUGCAGGGUAUCAUCGGGUCAUGGGGUGGCACAUCCCGUGGGUGCAUUCAAGCAUUGUCACUCUGCUGUUAUGAAAUCCCAAUGUCGGUCACGAAAUCACUGAACAGCAUUCUUGAUAGGAUGUCAAAGGUGAUCACCAUGUCAAACAUUGCUGUGCACAUUCUGGAAUUUUUAGCCCUACUUGCACGAUUACCCGAUGUCUAUGUCAACUUGAGAGAAGAGGAGAUCCGUACCGUAUUCGGUAUCUGCAUCCGAUUUUUACAAACUUCUCGAGAGCAGCGCUACAAAGCCUCUGAAUCUGCUGCACGUGCUUCUCAGUCUCCUCAACCACCCCAGUCUAGGCUCAGCGCUGGAACAAAAGAAAUCGCUUCUCAUGCGGCUGAGGCUCUUGAGGGUUCCCAAGAUGGCAUGUCCAGGUACAUUUCCAACCUUACAUACCAUGUCAUGGUUUUCUGGUUCUUGUCUUUGAAGCUCCAGGAUCGAUCCAAGCACGUGAAUUGGAUCACCAGCAGGCUCAUCUAUCAUGAUGAACAUGGCAAAGAGGUGGUAGAAGAACAAAGCCAAGUCUUCAUUGAUUUGAUGCAGCGAGUUGCUUAUUCAGAUCUUGGAGAAACCAUUCCUUUCAAGACAUUUCCUCCUUCCCCGGAGGAUGGUCCAGUCAUAAAAAAGUCUUGGAUUGUCGGCAUGAGUAUCGUGACCGUGGAGAGUGCCGGGUUAUCUGGACUAUCUCAAAUUACGAAGCGCCAAGCAUCGGGGACCACAUAUUCCGUUUACCAGCAGAGGACAGCCCCAGUGCUGCCGCAUCAAGCUCCCCCAACUCCAGACGCUCAUUUACACUCCGACUCCAUGCGUACAGCAGUCCUUCCAAGUCACAUUAUGCUACAGUUGACGGCUACUGCUUUCCCCACGCCCACGGUCAUGCAGCCCAUCCCCGUUCCCGAAGACGACAUCACUCGACGCGCGAUCAGCAAUUUUGAUCGUACGGACAUUGUCGAUGGUCACCGGAUUGGAAUUGUCUAUGUCGAUAAUGGUCAAACAAAGGAAGCAGACAUAUUAGCCAACACCGGUGGCUCUGCGGAUUACGAAAACCUGCUAUCGGGGCUCGGAACCAAAGUGUCACUUCGGAAUCCCCAAUUCAACCCGCAGGGACUGUAUGCUGACACCGACGGAGAGAACACUUACGCUUGGCGGGAUCGCGUGACUGAAAUUGUGUAUCAUGUUGCAACAAUGAUGCCUACGGACUUUGACCGUGACCCGGCCUGCAUCAACAAGAAACGAAACAUUGGCAACAACCAUGUGACUAUCGUGUUCAAUCGAUCCAACUUGCCGUUUGAUUUCGAUACAAUCCCAUCCGAGUUCAACUCUGUUAACAUUGUCAUCACCCCGUCAUCUCGGAUCGCCUACGAUGGCAAUGGCAAUGUCUGCGGCGAGACAGACCCGCGAAAGCUCUACUACAGUGUGCAGGUUUUGAGCAAAGCUGGAUUCCCAGACGUUUCACCCGCGGCGACACCAAAGAUCAUCUCCGGCAAGAAUCUGGCGGCCUUUGUUCGCAUUCUGGCUCUCAAUGCGUCUGUAUUCUCGCUUGUCUGGAAUAACAAGGGUGGUGAGCACACCUCAUCAUGGCGCACUCGUCUACGAGAAAUCAAGAAGGUUCGCGAGCGGGCUCUCACGGCCCAGACCCGCGGCCCCGAGCCCGCUGAAGGGGCAUAUCCAGGUCUCCGGCGGAAUACCAAGGCCAACAUCUUCUCGGAGGAAUUGCCCUCUCGUGCACCUCAAGUCCAGACCGAUUUCGCUGCCGAAUGGAAUGCAGCAGCUGACACGAAUAUUCUCCAGAACCUGGAUUUCUCCCGGUGGGCCCGCUGA